AUGACACAUCUCCAAACCAGUCAAGCGGUACUCACUGGCUACACCCUCUCACCGAAGGAUUUGGAGCAAUGGCCCGCUGCCUUUUCCGAAUGCAGCAAUACCAAAGAAGAAGAGGAAGAUGAAGGAAAGGCUGUUCCAACUGCCAUGAAGAUCCAGGAUGAGGUCGUCCGUACAAAUGAGCAAGUCAGAUCAAAGAAUGAUCUCAAAGUUCAACUCGAUCAUCACAAAGGCAAUGCUAACAUCAUACAAGGGAUGGAUCAAGUCAUUAAAAGGAAUGUAUUCAAUGAAUUGGAGGAACAACAUGACAGGAUGAAUCACAUUUUUGGGCCAAAGAAAAUUGACUGGAAGCAAUUCCUCUCGAGUUUUACCUUUGAUAUGGAAGUGCUUCAAACAGUAUUGUCCAUUUUGUCAGCAGCGUUUUUCAUUGUUUCUUCAUACAUUCAAAUGGACAUCGAUGGAAGUUUAAUGGCAUUGCGCGUUUUGGAUUUGAUCUUUUCGAGUCUAUUUAUUGUGUUUUUUAUCAUUAAUUUGCUAUUAACUAAGGACAAAAUCAAGUACUUCUUCAAACCGCUCUCAUUGCUCGACUAUAUUACAGUUAUUCCUUCUUUAACCAUUACAAUAAUUUCAUUCAAUCCUUCCAUUGAUGUUGGUGACAUGUAUGCAUUUGUAGGAUUGUUGAGAGUAUUGAGACUAUUGAGAAUAAUUCCACUCAUUAAGCGAAUUUCUUCUAAGGGUGACAUUAAUUCAGUGUUGGCAAAAGUUGCGGAGCUAGGUUUUACAGUGUUGUGUUUACUGGUUAUUUUUACAGGAGUCUUCCAGUGGAUGGAGAAGUUUUUUGGAGAUAAGGAUAUUUAUUUUCAUGACGCGUUGUAUUUUAUUGCGAUCACCAUCUUCACAAUUGGAUACGGAGAUAUUUCACCAACAACUGUUCCGUCAAGAUUUGCAGUAAUUGUAUUCUUCUUGAUUGGUGUGUCUUUAAUUCCACUACAAAUAUCAGGAAUUUAUGAGCUUGUGACCAGUGAAAAGAGUGUAUUCAAGGUUAAGAAUCCCAUACUCAAAAAUCAUGCAGUGGUAACAGGAAAAUGUAGAGUAGAUGAAGUUGUUGAUUUCAUCAAAGAAUGCUUUCAAUACAAGAGAAAAAAGGUCAAAAAAAUCAUCUUGCUAUUCAAGCAACGAGAGUUUUGCGACCAACUGAAAGAGAGUUUGAGAAAGUGCGAUUUCAAAAACAAGAUUCAUGUGCUUUGUGGCGACAUUAUGAAUUAUGAUAUGAUGAAUCUCUUGAAAAUUUCUCAAGCUCAUAGUGUAUUCUUGUUAAAUAGCCCAAAGAUGGGAAAUGCAAGGAAGGAGGACACAUCAGUUAUUAUGACCACCAUUGCACUGAAAAACUUUAAUCAAAACUUGAAAGUUUAUGCUCAAAUUAAUCUGAUUGAAUCACGUCAUUAUGCCAUAAAGGCAGGAGCUAAUAUCGUUGUUUGUAACGACAUCUUAUGCUCCAAAGUUCUCUCUGCCUCCGUGAAUUCGGCUGGUUUUUGCUGUUUUUUAUUUAACUUAUUAAGUGGAGCUGAUGUAUCAAUUUGCAAAGACAAUAUUCCAAAGGGUCUACUUACUGGAAAUGACUUUAAAAUGAAUAUGAACACUGUUAAAGAUCAUUCCUCUAUUGAGCGUGACAUUAAGUGGCUAGUGGAAUACUCUGAAGGUCUAAAUUGUGAAAUUUAUCGAGCUCAAUUCAAUCCUAUAUUUUUAAACAAGCUUUUCAUUGAUGUUGCUGAAUUGCUUUUUACCAGGUUAGAAAUUAUUGUUUUUGCCAUCGAGGAUGGAACAACAGGAAGAAUUUACUUAAACCCUUCCAGAUAUGCCAUUCAAUCCGAAGACAAGUGCUUUUGCAUUGCCAGAGACAUUGAGCAUGCCAAGCAAGUUGAAGAGUUCAAUUUUACAGCGGAAGAGCUCUCUCUCCAUUUCAACAAGAGAAGAAAAACUCAACGCUAUGAAGUCCUUGCAGCAGUACCCAAGAAAGAAGAUGAUAUUGAAAUGGAAUGCUUCAAUUCGAAAUUUGCGGAAUACAUUCGGUCAGAACAAGUCAGUAAUGAUGAUGAAAAAACAAAGGGAGAAAUAGAGGUUAUUAAAUUAGAAGAAAAACAAAAGAACAACGCAACUGACUUCUCCCAUAGUACAAGAACAGACUAUAAGGAACAGAAACGACCUUACAAGAUGUUUUCUUUUAGAAGAGAGACAAAGGUCCCCACUAAAAAGAAUACACGAAGUAGAUCCUCCACAAAAUACAAUGCAGACAUUUACUUGCUCAGAGGAAAGCAUGAAGAGGUUGAGGAAGUGAAUACUCUUCAUUUAGAAAUUUUACUCAAACUUAUUUCUCCUGAGCCUUACUUUUUCGAGAAGAGAAUGAUGUUGAAAUCACUUCGAGAAAAUCUCAGCGGCCAAGCUUUUGAAGAAGCAGAAAAAGAUUUUUAUGCGAGUGUCAUGAAGAGUUAUAAUAUGAUUGCAACUCCAAAGCCAAAAGAGGAAUUUCUAAUAUCAAGUUUUAAAGUUCCAUUCGAGAUUAAGGAUCAUAUUUUAGUGUUAGGAGAGUUUAAACAACCCUUAAUUAUCUGCUCUAUUGUCAGAUCCUUGCAACGAAAGAACAGGUUUACACCCAUAGUGUUUAUGACACAUUUGGUAGACAAGUAUUUCAAUUAUUUAUAUGAAAGAUUGAAACAUUUUUCUGGCGUUUACUUUCUAUCUGGUAAUCCAAUGAAAAGUCAUGACUUGAGCCGAGCUGGCUUUUCAGUUGCAAAAUCUGUCAUGUACUUUACACAAGAUCAAACUUUAAUGGAACUUGGUUUUGAUAAUUCAGAAGAUGCUACAAGUGAAGAAAAUGAAUACACAGUGGACUCUGAAGCAAUUAAAUUAGCACUGGGCAUUGCUGUCAUGGAUCCAGAGAAGAAUUAUUUACUAGAGUUAGUGAACAGAUCUAACUUGAAAUUCUUCCAGCAUGAAGGAAUCCCUACCUAUCAAAAAGUGAGAUUUUUGAGAGAAAGAGGAUUGUUAGAUUAUGAUAUUGAUGAGUUCGACCAAUUUUGCUUAUUUUCAGAUUUUUACAUUUCUGGAAGGGUAUUUCCUUCCUCCUCAUUCCUAAGUAAGGUUCUGGCACAAUCUUUUCACAACAAGAGAAUUGUUGAUUUGGUUGAUCAAAUGUGUGCCGACGAGUUUGUGGCUGGUGAAAAUCAAUCCGUUAUUUUUGAAGUGCCCAUACCCUCUGUUUUUGCAAACAUGACAGUUGCAGAUCUAGCGAGUGCAUGUUUCGAGCAUGAUCUUAUUUUACUGGCGAUCAGCAGACUCAAAUUUGGUGAACAACAACGCUAUGUUUACACUAAUCCAUCACUCACUGUUUAUUUACAAACAACAGAUAUUCUCUUUUUAUGUGGACAUCGAAAAAAUUUCAGAAAUUUAUUAAGGAAGCAAAAAUGUGAAGAUUCUCAAUAUCAAUAUGAAUGGACACAAAACAUUUUUGGAUCGGAUGAUGUCGUGGUGGAAAUUAAUUUGUCUCCAAGAGAUGUAUCAGGCACUCGCAUUUAG